AUGGAAGUUGGCCAACGGCACGAGGAUGACGUCACGAACCACGCGGGACUGGUCGAAGAGGUGCUCGACGCGAGCCCGCAGGCGGUCCGAAUCGUCGAAGUCGUCGAGGAAUCGGAUCAUUCGUUCGAGCUGAACAUUCUCGAAUUGGAGAAAAUAUUGUUGAAUCCGAAAAUCGCCGACAAAAAGGUUUCCUCGCUUUUUUCUCUUUUUUCUAUUCGAACGCUCAAAAUUACGAAAAAUACUACUUUUUAGAGUUUUUACUAUGUGAAAUUAAUAAAUUGUUAUGAAAAAUUGCAGGUGGCAGUGAUUGGAGUUGCGGGCGCGUACCGCAAAGGAAAAUCGUUCCUUCUCAACUUUUUCCUCCGUUAUUUGACGUGGAGAUCGAAAGCCGAAAAGGUUAUGGGAGGUAAUUUUGCUAGGUUUUCUAAUAAAAAAUGUGUUUCACGAUUACUUGUUCAUACGCGUAUUGAGACUUGCGUCAUUCUAAUGGUUUGGCGUUUUGGGCCACUUGCAAUGAUGCGAUGCGGACCAAACUUUGCCGGUUUCUUGGACUUGGAUUGAAGUAUAUUGAGUCCAAGUUACAGAACGAUCGGAUCAUCAUCUGGACCCGAGAUAUACCGAUUUGAGGCCUAAAAUACCGGGUUUUUCGAAAAUUGCGGCCUUUUCGGCCUUUGAUCCACAUAUCUCGGAACCGGAUCGAUCUGAAACUUGGACCCAAUAUACUUCAAUCUAAGUUCAAGGAGCCUGCAAAGCUUGGACCCGAUGGGAUCAUUCAUUGCAUGUUGGUCAAAAAGCAAUGCCUUUUGCCCAGCCCAGAUUUUUUCCAUUUUUUGUUGUUGCAGAAAUCGAUUUGGAAGACGAGCAAUGGAUGUCUCCGAACAGUCCGUUGUCGGGAUUCUCGUGGAGAGGCGGCAGCGAGCGCGACACGAACGGAAUUCUCAUCUGGAGCGAGCCGUUCCUGAUGAAGGACAAAAAUGGCGAAGAGGUGAUUGAUUUUGCGCAGUUGCUUUCAAGGUCGAAAUUCUGAAAAAUUUGCAGUUUCAGAAACUGUUUCCAGCAGAUUUUCGUAUUUUCCACUCUAUGUUUGCACAACAACAUCUUUUUUUGCAGGUCGCCGUUCUUUUGAUGGACACUCAGGGCGCUUUCGAUUCGCAAUCGACCGUCAAGGACUGCGCCACUAUUUUCGCCCUCUCCACUAUGAUUUCGAGCGUUCAGGUACGUAGAAUUGCAUUCCUGAAUUUUUUGCACUAAAAUAGCGAAGAUAUCAUGGAAUUUGAUGAGAAAAACGUUUUUUUUCACUCUACCCCUCAUAAAAUAUCCUUUUUGUCACGACUGGACAGUUGGCCGGUUCUUGACAUAGACUUUUGACCCACUUGCAAUAAUCUUUGACUUGGACGGAAGUAUAUUGAGUCGAAUCGAAGCUGUCGACUCUCGACGAACAAAAUGUCAAGAAACUCCGAGCCGCUAGAUUAUUUUAACAUAUAAAUGCGGAAAUAAACAACGAUUUUGCUUAUAACUGAAGCGCAAAAAACUGAAAAAAAAACUGUUUUGCGAAACGAUUGACACUGUAAUUAUUUUGCAGAUCUUCAAUUUGUCGCAAAACAUUCAAGAGGACGACCUGCAACACUUGCAACUGUUCACCGAGUACGGACGGCUCGCACUCGAGGACUCGGCCGCCAAACCCUUCCAAUCGCUGCUCUUCCUCGUCCGCGACUGGUCGUUUCCCUACGAGGCCGAAUUCGGAUUUCAGGGCGGACAGCGCAUUCUCGACAAGCGCCUCGAGGUCUGCCAUUUUUUAUGUGAAUAAUGAAACAUUGUGUGCAUGUUCAUAUUUUUGUUCUUUGCAGGCUUCUUGAACUCGCAUCGAAAUAUAUUGGGUCCGAGUUUCAGACCGAGCCGAUCAUCUGGUCUCGAGAUUUGUGGAUCGGGUGUUGAAUAGGCCGCGUUUUGCGAUCCACAUAUCUCGGGACCGGAUGAUCCGAUCGGUCUGAAACUUGGACCCAAUAUACUUUAAUCCAAGUGCAAUAAGCCUGCAAAGUUUGGGACCGAGCAGAUUACUGCAAGUGAAUCAAAAGUCCAGGCUACAAAAAGCAUGGGCCGAAACAUUGAAAAAAUUUGCAAAUUGCAGGUAUCGGAGAAGCAACACGCUGAACUGCAACAACUCCGUCAGCACAUUCGCUCGUGCUUCGAGAAUAUUGGCUGCUUUUUGAUGCCGCAUCCGGGACUAAAAGUGGCCACGAACCGAGAAUUCGACGGAAAACUUGUCGGUCAGCGAUUGCUUUUUAUGAGAUGACCAAAGAAGGUGUAAACAUUUUUAAUUGCAUCAAUUUUCAGACAUUGAACGGGAAUUCCAGCAGCAGCUGGGCGUGAUGGUACCGCGAUUGCUCGACUCGCACGCCCUCGUACACAAGGAAAUCAACGGACAAAAGAUUUCGUGCCGCGAACUGCUCGAGUACUUUAAGGCCUACAUUCGCAUCUUCCAAGGUGCGUUCAUUUUUAGCGACUUUGCCGCACCCGUUAAGGCCCCGGCCAUCCAUCCGGCUUUCAAAUUGCAUACAUUAUCAAACAUUUUCCAAUUUUGUCAGGCCAAGACCUUCCGGAGCCGAAAUCGAUGUUGAUGGCGACGGCGGAGGCGAACAACCUGGCGGCGGUGGCGUCGGCGCGUGCCGUUUACGUGCGGAUGAUGGAGGAAGUGUGCGGCGGCGACACGCCGUACAUGUCGACGAAGGAACUGCAGGAGGAGCACGCGCGGUGCCAGACGGAGGCGAUCCGCGAGUUCCGCAACGCGCGCAAGAUGGGCGGCGUCGAGUUCUCGCUCACUUUUCUGAAUCGACUUGAGGAGGAUCUGCAGGUUCGCGCCUUUUUUUUUAUUGAAUUGUAUUAGAAUGUCAAUGUGAAACAGAAAAAAAUCCCAUUAAAACAUAGGCGUAUGAUAUGCCUAUGAUAUCACGGUCUCCAGAGCUGACAAUAUGGGCGUGGCCUCGACCAAAUGGCGUUUUCAUGAAUUGAGCAGGUUUUCUCUGAUUUUUGUGGUCAAAGGCGAUGAAAAAUGAUUGUUCGACGUGAAAACACACUAAUUCUAAGAAUUAAUGACGUUUUGGCGCAUUUUUCGCGGACUUUGCUUUUUCGCCUUCGCCGCCGAUCGCCGCAUUUUGAGCGCUCAAACCGCGAAAACUACCGAAAAGCAACUGAAAUUCACGCAGUUUUAGCCAAAAACCUUCAAACGGAUAAAUGUGAUUUGCGACUUGACAAAAUUUAACGCUCUUGCGCUUAAAAAAUUCGUAAUAGUCUAUACAAUCGGUCUAUCGAGAGACAAAUCAGAAAUUAUCGGUUUUUCGUGGCUAAUCUGGCAAAAAACACUAAUUUUGCUGUUAAAAUUUGAAUUUCGCGCCAAUGUAUCGCUCUAUUGGGCGGAGCGCACUUGCGCCCAUUGUAAGCUCUGGAGACCGUGGAUAUGCCUAUGACAUUAAACAUGAAAUUAUAUAGAAAAGCAGAAAAAACAAGUAGUAUUUCCAGCAAUCCUACGACGCGUACGAGAAGGUGAACAACGGCAAGAACCUGUUCAAAUCGAUGCGGACGCCGACAGUGCUCGUAACUCUCAUGAUCAUCGACUACAUCUUUCAGGAGUUCUUCCAGUUGCUCGGAAUGGACGGCAUUGCUGGUAGGUGUUUUUUAUUCGCAGAAGACAUCCGAAACUCACGCCUGGCGAGUCUAUGUGUCUGAAUUGCCACAUUCCGUGUCCGAGUCCCAACACUCAGAAAAGCCUGGAAACGGAACGGCGUGGCCUAGAAAACUCUUAGGCCAUGUGAUCUUUUUUUGCAUUCGGCACAAUCCUCAGACGUUGAUUCACACAAAUUAGCAGAUUGUAAAAGUGCAAGGGAAGUGUUUUCUAGGCCACGGCCACAACUUUAACUGCGCGCUGUUCCGUUUUUAGAAGCUUUGGACUGUUAUCAAUAUUUUAGCAAUGCGGCCUUGAAAAUAUAGAAAAUUUUCCGGACAGCAGCUGCAGCACAAUAUAUGUAGAAACGUUUAAUAGUUAAUCGCCGCCACUUUGUACACUGUGAUUUUUGAAUAAAAAUGUAUUAUUUUGUUCAGGAAUCUUCUCCUCAAUUCUGGUGCUCGUGAUCGGCGCCCUGAGCGUUUGGGCCUAUUCUCGCUACUCGGGACACUUGAGAGAAGCCGGCGGAUACGUGAGUUUUUGAAAAUUGCAGUAUUCUCAUUAUAAACUCUGGCGCAUUAGAGAAACAAUUACCGUUCGCAAAAUGUUAACGCGACUCUUUGUUCGGCAUAUAGAGUAGUGAAUGAAAAUUUGAAACGAAAAAAGUGUGUAAUUUGAAACUGUAAAAAGUAGUUGUGACAUCCUCGAUAAUCAUCAAUUUAACUGACUGGCGAAAAAUUUCAAAGAAACAAUACGUUCAUAAGUUGAAACUGAGAAAAAACAUAUCAUGCAAGUGAGUUUUAUCGAAAAAUUCAGAAAACGGCUCGGAAAAAUAACACCCAAUUUUUUGUGUUUGCAGGUCGAUGAGGCGGUCUCGUACGUGUGGACCAAUUUCAUCUCGCCAAACGCCGGUCACCUGGGACCGUUGGGCGGUGCGAUUCAGCUCGGAGACGCCGUUUCGGCCGCAAACGACCGAAACUCGACGAGGACUUUGACGACGGACUCGAAAAAGCGGCUCUAA